GGGGGUUUUCGCCGGACGACAGAGGUCAGCGGUGGUUGCGCACUCAACAGUAAAGAAACCAAGGCGAACAGCAACACGGGUAGUGCUGCACAUGAAGUACGCACUCAGCGAUGAUAUUGAAGAGGCCUCUCAGGUUGUGAAGUUCUAUUGGAUUAAGCGGGUUUUGGACAAUAGUCGACAUAACGUCAGUGCCCUAACUCUGAAUUUGGUCCAUGGCUGGCGUGUUUCUGUUUCUUGUCCAAUAUUUACCCAUCGAUUUUGAUUUAAAUGGGUUUCGGAGAUAAAUGUGUCCAUAGAUUGUUAAAAGUGUUUCUUGUCCUAUUCAUUCUUAAAAUCUUGUCUAGUGCGUGCAAUUUGACCUAUUUCUGUUUCGUGGUAUGGCAGUUUGAUUCCGCACUACUCCGGUCAAUGAGCAUCACUUUGGGUAUAUUGGAGGGAAUGGAAGGCUAUGGUGGAAGAUAUUUGCCGCGGCACAGAGGAUAUUGCUGCAAAACUGGAGACAGAACAACAUCUUCCGUCAAGCACCAGAACAUCAGGAAACCGGGACAAGAGAAGGCCGGUACACUUGCUAAGAGGAACCGGAGGCUGAAUGUGAACCAGCACAAGGGCAUUGUGAAGCCCAAUAUGUGCUCGAACACUAACUCGAGGACAAUCCCAGCAAGCGAUACAGUGUCACGGAAGUUUGCGAAGGAGAGAAUGCUUCAGUCACAAAGCUCACACGGAUCAGUCGAGGGGUGCAAAAGACCACUUGCCGGUCGACAGGCGAGGAUCAAGGGCAGGGACGAAGUUGUGGCGGACAUGAAGUUUCAGGCCACCAAGAGGAAGAUGCAAGAACUUUAUCAAAAAGCAGAAACGGGUUACUUGAUUGAUUUCGUAGUAUAGGCAGCUGCUGUUCCAUAAACCUAAUACCCGGUAGGUCAUAAUUCUAUUAUUCCUUCUCAACAGACAAGAGGCGACGGACAGUGCAGGUAUUGGAUCCGCGUGAUCUCCCAAAGAUGGGAGCGAGUCAUAAGGGUCCGCGCGCCACAACUGCAAAA